CCGUAUGAAAUUUUUUUUUAUUAUUGAGUUGCCUUGGAUAUGAGAGCAAGUUUUUGAAUAAAAAAAAAAAAACAAGAGAAAAAUUUUCGAAUUAGUUAUUUUGUUUUUAAGUGUUUUUUUUAAUUAAUUAAAACUCGUGCGGAUUUUGUGAUAAAGUUUUAAGUGGUUUAUUUAAUUUAAUCGUCAAAUGUCCUAAAAAAACUCGGGAAUAGAUUUAACAACGUUAAAUUGCAAUAAUGGAAGGCGUUAGAUCAAUUGCUGGUGAUAAAUCCCGGGACUCUGUCCACAUGAUGCUGAUGAUUAUCCUCGUGGGAUUUUUUAUAUCACCGAUUGUUAAAGGCGACACAAAUCAGCAGUAUUUCAAAGUAAGGCCUGUAAAUAGUUCUGUGCAAGAAGGAGGAAAAGUAAUGAUACCAUGUGUCGUUGGAAAACGAAUGGGAAUAGUACAGUGGGCUAAAGAUGGUUUUGCUUUCGUCAUCCAACCCGGUGGUAGUAUUGUUGGUUAUCCGAGACUUAAAUUGGAGGGUGAUCAAAAUUCAGGCGUUUAUAAUUUAACGAUACGUGAUGCCUCAUUGACGGAUGAUGGAGAGUAUCAGUGUCAAGUUGGUCCUUAUGGAAAAAUAAAAGCAAUUCGCGCCAAUGCUAACCUCGUUGUCAUAUCACCACCACAAAAGGUUGAAAUCAGCAACUACCCGAACCAGAACAAAAUUGAGCUGAAUGUCGGCGAGUCAAGGAGUCUGGAAUGCACAGUCAGCUACGCGAAGCCAGCUGCCACAAUUGUGUGGUAUCGCGGAAAUCAUGCGAUCACAGGAGGCGAUACCAACGUCACGCCAAUCUCGAUUGAAGACGAUAAAGAUGCACCGAAACCCGGCGAACCGAAGAAAAAACUUCAAAAAUAUGAUACACGUAGUUCGAUAACUAUUGUUCCAACUGUCGAAGAUGAUGGUACGGAUUAUGCUUGUGAAGCAAGACAUCCGGCUAUUCCUGUUGACAAGCCAAUGAGAGCUGUUGUUAAGCUUUCUGUUUUAUAUCCACCUGGUCCACCGUACAUUGAAGGAUAUACUGAGGGUGAAACAGUUCAACGAGGACAACGAGUUGAGCUAGUGUGUAAAUCACGUGGCGGUAAUCCACCAGCUCAGGUGGUAUGGUUCAGAAAUGACGAAGUAAAAAGCAACUUCUACCGUACUGACGAUAGAAUAUCCCAGAAUGUACUGACAUUCGAGGCGCAAUCUGAGGAUGACAAAGCACGAUAUCGCUGUGAAGUAUCUAAUGUCAUGAGUGUAACACCUCUCAAAGUUCACGUUGAUCUCAGUGUUCUCUUUCGUCCAGCUUCAGUAAUAAUAACCGGUCCAACGGAAGCUAAAGCAGAGGAAACAGUCACAAUUAUUUGUACAACUGAAAAUUCAAAUCCCCCAGCGGAAAUAAAAUGGACUGUUGGAGGUAGUGAGUUUAAUACAAAUAACUCACGAACUUUUUUAGCGCCCCAGGGUGGUUAUAUUACGACAUCAAAUAUAACAUUUAAUAUUAACCGUGAUGCUAAAAGCGUCGUUGUUAUUUGUCAUGCGACUAAUAAAAAACUUGCUGAUCAUACUAUGAAAGCACAUACCAUUAAUGUUAUAUAUCCGCCAGCAAGUUUAAUAAUUUCUGGUUACGAAGAAAAUACGGCUAUUGAUGCUGGUACUAUAUUAAAGUUACUUUGCGUUGCAACUGCUGGUAAUCCUCUUGCCAAUGUUACUUGGUAUAAAAAUGAUAAAGAGAUAAAAGGAACAGUUUACACAAGAGAUCACGCAGUAUCAAAUGAAUUAGAAAUUCUUAUAAACGCGUCAGAUAAUAAUGCGCACAUAAGAUGUGAUGCCGUUAAUUCGGCUACAACUAUUCCAAUGAGUAAAAAAUUUAUUUUAAAAGUUCACUUCCCACCGGCGCAAGUAAAAAUAACACGAGUACCCGAGGAAUUUAGUGCGGGUGCGGUAGGUAAAUUAAUAUGCGAAUCAAGCGCGAGUAAUCCACCCGCAGAAAUGUCAUGGUGGAAAUCAGGAAUAGCUGUUGAGGGAACUAAAAAUACAACACGUGUGGGACUUCACGGUGGAUUUGUAUCAACUGUCGAGCUUCAGCUACAAUUGACUGAGGAUAUGAAUGAAGAAGUAUACACUUGUCAAGCUCGUAAUGCUGAAAUGGAACGAACAACUCAUGACGCAACUGCACUUAAUGUUUUAUUUAAACCAAUAUUUACAUCAAUGGAUCCAAAUGAAUUAGUGGGAAUGGAAGGUGAGCCUUACGUAAUAUCUGUAACAGCAAAAGGCAAUCCAAGUAUGCUCAAUUUCACGUGGAUACGUGAUGGUUUGCCAUUGAGUCGUGACAGUUCACGAAUAAAAGCACGUGACUCGACAUUAAAUAUCACACGUUUACAUCGUAAUGACGCGGGUACUUAUAUAUGUCAAGCAACAAAUAAACAAGGAUCAUCAUUUUAUCAAUUAAAUUUAACUAUUCAAUACGCGGCUGAAAUCAAACGGACAUCCGAAUCCGGAGUAGUGUAUACGCCAGAUACGGAGGCUAAAUUAUUUUGCGAAUUGGAUGGCAGUCCCAUUGGUGAUGAAUAUGUAACGUGGUACAAAGUUGGCUCGAGUUCGGAACUAUCUAGUCGUUAUUCGACCUCCUUUGCAAACAAAACAUCCUUCCUGCAUAUCAGCAAUCCAAGUGAAGAAGACGUUGGAGAAUAUCGUUGCAAUGUUAACAAUGGAAUUGGAAAUGUCACAUCUAAACCUAUUCUAUUUAUCACUAAUUUUGAACCACAAAUUACUAAUAAUCAUUUAACAAGAAAAGCUGCUGCUAAUGUUGGGUCAGACGUUAAAUUAUACUGCCGAGCACGUGGAUCACCUUUACCUAAGUUUAUCUGGACAUUUAAUGAUAAAACAUUAUCUCCAAAUAUUACUACGGAUAAAUAUAAAAUUACACGUAAAGAGUUAUCAAAACUUGAGGCUCAAUCAACACUAUCAAUAGUACGUGUAACCCAACGUGAUUAUGGAAAAUACAAUUGUCGUGCAUUCAAUUCAAUGGGUCAAAUAACAGACGUCGUACAUCUCGAUGUAACUUCGCCGCCUGAUAAACCGACAGACCUUCAAGUGUCAAAUGUAACUCACGACAGUGUGACAUUGAUAUGGAAAAAAGGUUUCGAUGGUGGUCUACCAACUUCCUAUCGCAUUCGCUGGCGACAAGCGCUUGAUUAUCAGGACAAUUAUUAUUACCUUGACAUACCACCAGGACAAUACACCGCAACUAUCGGCGGACUAACUUUGGGAACUUACUACGUCUUUAGUAUAAUGGCGCGAAAUAUUAAAGGCGAGAGUCCAUUCUUACCUGAUCUUGUUAAAGUUCAAACUCUCCGACUCGAUAAAAGCCAUAGUCAGCAGGAUUUAUUGGAGAAAAGUGAUUUUCCGAUGAAUUAUAUCUAUACAGUUGCCGCAACCUCCAUCAUCUUUUUUAUUAUUAAUCUAUUCAUCAUGUUAUGGUACAUUGUACGAAAGAGAAAUAAGGCCCAUAUCAACAAAUCCCAAACAGCGGACAUGUAUGCACCUUCAACCGUGAAUGGAGACACGAUGACAGGGGAAUUGAGUUCAGUCUCGGACGAGAAGAGCGACGUUAAUUUCGACGCUAAUGAUUACGUGGAUGAGGGGAGAAAAACUGCAGCUAGUACAUAUUUAAUAGAUCAAAGUAUACAAGAUUUUAAUAAGGGCGGUUUGGAGAUGCAAGUACACCAUCAAGGUACUCUCGGUAGACGAAUCAAUCAUAUGCCGAGUGUGAUGCCAUUAGAUUCACCACCACAACGAACCACUGCCAGUGGGACACUCUCUGUUUCGAAAUCGAGUUACAUCGGGAAUCCCAGUCCAGCCCCACCCAGCGACGUAAAUUUCUACAGUGUGGAGAUGGACAGUGGCCGUUAUAUGGGUUAUGAAACGAACCCUAGCCCGGUCCCGGUGAUGAACGAACCCGGACCAGGCGCUUAUUAUCCGUCCCUUGGCAGCGGGCAUCACCACGUUGGUGCGUUACACACAGCAACGAAUACUGGGACACUGACGAGGAAUCGUACACUUCCACGUCCUGUACCCCCGCCCGACGUCACUGUAAUGACUGCAGGAACAAAAUCACCCCAACCCCCAUCAGUGCCGCCCCCGCCAAUUACAUUUGCACGUGCGGGCCCCAUCCCCGUACAUUCCCACGGACAUCCGUUGUCAACUUUCACCUCGACACCCAAUUACUCCGACAUUGAUGGACAUCUUGUCUGAGAUUCAUCCGUCGUCUCGGACCUCCGCAUCGGUUAUUAUCAUCAGCAUCACCAUCAUCAUCUUGCACCCUCACCGACGCCGAACUCCGAGACGCGAACGCACUCUGAACGGGUAACACGACUCUAACUUUUAUUUAAUAACAAUAACAACAACAACAACAACAACAACUAAAUAAACAGUGAACUUAACUAUAAUAUUAUUAAUAAGCUGAGUGAGUGUGACAUACUUUAAAAACAGUGCAACUAGUGUUAUGGAUAAUGGAUAUCAAUUUUCAUCAAUAGAAACAAUCUCUCAUAAAUAUAAUAAUUAAAUAUGUAUAUAUAAAGAUAAACCUCGAAUGGCUGAUACAAUGCGGCUCGAAUGAAUUUCUUAAAUUUAUUAACGUCCAUUUUUUUUACACGAAAAUACAAUCCACCUACAGUGUAAUAAUUUGUGACGUAUAAAGAAAUGCCGAGGACCCACUUACUAUUAUUAUUAGUUAGUAAAAACUAUUGACUAAAUUUAUUGACUUUACGGCUUGGAUUGUGUUGCAGCAAAUAAAAUUUCUUUCACUGCCGCACUUACAGUCAAUAUAUAUGUAUGUAUAUAUAUUUAAAUAUUAGUUACAGGGGUUUAUUUAAAAUGGUUUUACAAGGAUAUUUAUACUUUAUCCUCGACCUCUCAUCAAGUCUGAUAGUAUAAAUAAAUAUAUAUAUAUAUAUAUAUAUAUAUUUAUAUACGAAUGUCCUACAGUAAAUUAAUUACAUAUUGCUUUCCUCGGUACGUUCAUGUGCUUAUUCACCAACUGCCAGGAAACACAACAAAAAAAAACAUUUUUUUUUUCCAUAUUUUUUAAGUUUACGAUGUCGUUAAAUAAAAUUGAUAGUUACGUACAGAUGGAAUUAUUUUAAAAAUCUCUGCACGGUGAUAUUUUUUAUUUAAUUAUAGUUUUUUCCAUUUCAUAAAAGACAUUAGUUUUUAAAAACAGAAGUAAUUAAUUAGUUUAUUACUUUACAAUACGAUUAUAUAGUUUAUUAGUUUUUUAUUUUUUUUUCGUCAACAAGAGUGGGUACCAUUGGCUUAAAAAAAUUUAUUUAAUUAAUUU